AUGACACAAAAAUGAGUUUGAUUUUUCUGAAGUUAUACUGUUCACCAGAAUUCCUCACAGAACUUUUCUGAAGUUAUGUUACACAAAUGGGUUUAAUUUACUCAAAAUACUAAAGCAUGUAAAAAAUUCAUUAAAAUUAUACAGAUAGAUAAUGGCAAAGACAGAUUAUUACAGAUAGAUAGAUAUAAUGGACUUCUUCUCAGUUGGAAGGAUCAACAUCAAUUGAUAAUAACUAAGUAAACUAGAAUACUUAAUGCGAUUUGAACAAAGAAAAGUAUCAUUGAAAGUCGUAUACCAUCUCUGGGAAACAACAGAAAAUGGGUAAUCUAUUGUGCUGUGUACAAGUUGACCAAUCGAAAGUUGCUAUCAAGGAAAGAUUCGGCAAGUUUGAGGAAGUUCUUGACCCAGGAUGUCAUUGCUUACCGUGGUUUCUUGGUAGUCAAAUUGCUGGUCAUCUCACCCUAAGGGUUCAACAGCUGGAUGUCAAAUGCGAGACUAAGACAAAGGAUAAUGUAUUUGUCAAUGUUGUUGCAUCUAUACAAUAUCGAGCUUUAGCAGAGAAGGCAAGUGAUGCAUUCUACAAACUGAGCAAUACGAGGGGCCAAAUCCAAGCCUAUGUUUUUGAUGUAAUCAGAGCUAGUGUUCCAAAGCUCAUUUUGGAUGAUGUUUUCGAGCAAAAGAACGAUAUUGCUAGAGCAGUUGAAGAAGAACUUGAAAAGGCUAUGUCUGCUUAUGGAUAUGAGAUUGUUCAAACCCUUAUUGUUGAUAUAGAACCGGAUGUGAACGUGAAACGGGCAAUGAAUGAAAUCAAUGCUGCUGCAAGGCUACGGUUGGCAGCAACAGACAAGGCAGAGGCUGAGAAGAUAUUACAGAUUAAGAGAGCAGAGGGUGAGGCUGAAUCUAAAUACCUCGCUGGACUGGGUAUUGCUAGGCAGCGUCAAGCCAUUGUUGAUGGUCUCAGAGACAGUGUAGUAGGGUUCUCAACUAAUGUUCCUGGGACCUCUGCAAAGGAUGUUAUGGACAUGGUUCUAGUAACACAAUACUUUGACACGAUGAAGGAAAUUGGUGCAAACUCAAAAACAUCUGCAGUGUUUAUCCCUCAUGGGCCAGGUGCUGUUCGUGACGUGGUAACUCAGAUUCGUGAUGGACUUCUUCAGGGAUCUUCUGCUCACAUGACAUAAAGCCAUGAUUCACUCCCCGGCCAGCUGUAGACGCAUUCACCUCAAAAUGCAGCAACCAAGGGGAUACCUCUUUUUUUAGCGCUCAACUGUACGCGUGUGUAUAUUCAUGUUUCACUUUGAUUUUUGUUGCAUUUGCAUAUGUUAUGUUUGCCCUUUGGGAUUAAUAUAGUGUGACUUAAUUGUUUUGUAUGCGGAAGUAUGGUGAGAAUCGCAAUACGAUCGCUUGGUGAUUAGGUGUA